AUGAACUUCUGCUUCAAGUGGCUUCUAAUCCUCUUCAAACGCGAGUUCUCUUAUGACGAUAUCAAAGUCCUCUGGGAGGUUAGUCUGUCGCCCUUUUUAUCUAUGCCAUAUUGUACGUGCCCUCUCUCUUCUCUUAAUUCAGUCUGGUUAUCUUCACACAUUGCUUCUUUUUUAUUACAAAAGGCUGUUGCUCGAAAGCAGUUGGAUCGAGCAAUCCUACUCCGCUAAAGUGUUUGUUUAUCCUGAUUUCGCUUUCUCACUAGCGCGUUACGUCGGUGGUCGGGGUUAAAACUGGCUUCUUGCCGCAACUGUUACAGAAAAUCUCAGCAAUCAGCUUUCCAAGUCGCUGCCAUUUGACCUGCCGGUCAAGUAAUUCCCGUUCUGAUAGCAUGCUGAGGUUGAUAUACCACCUUUCCUGUUGAAAAAAAAUGCCGGGUUUUGGUGUCCCAGCAAACUAGUCGGUGCCCAUCGAUCAUGAGCAGGCAUUCCUGUUUGUUACGUUAGUACUCACGGAGGUAACCGCUACCUCAAAUUUGAUUUAAAAACCUUGUGUAUACAUUUCCAAUCAUUUACGGCAACAGCGGGAGAUUAACUAACCGACAUUGUGCUUAACCGGCGUUAAACUCGAAUGGUCCCUGUAAUCUGUUUUUUUGGCUCCUAUGAUAAAACCGAAACAGCGCAUUUAACUGAAUUUGCUGUAACCGCACUCAUGUGCACACCAUUGCCCUCCUUCAGGAGCCUUUGACUCCCAAUCGCAGUUCCCACUCAUUGACUUCUUUUUCAAGAAUAACGUGAACGCGUAGUCGUACUUUUACCUACUCCAGUUCACCCUAUGCCGUCUUACAACCUUUCACGUCAAUUCAUUGGAGGCUGUGUUUAGAUCAGUCCCAAGUCUCAUUGGACCACUGAAGGUCACUGCGGCCUAAGUGGCUCUUCAGUAGGUUAAAACAGAUGUUUUACUGGUAUUCAAUCUAAGGGAAUAAGUUUGCCUGACCCUUUGAUCCCUCUUACACCUCUGUUCCCCGUCAACAGCAAUGGCAAGGCCAAAGUCACGUUCUCUAUUCUAAGCCCUCACAGUCUGCCGCUUCUGUUCGAUUUUGUUUACUUUGCUAAUCCAAAACCUUCGUUCCAUCCCUACGACCACUCACACCCAUUGCUCUCAAUUCAGGCCCUUUGGAGCGACGUCGUUCCCAAGAAUUUCCACCUGCUCGUCGCGGCCUCCAUAUUCUACGGUGAAAUGGACAGGAUUAUGCAGACCUGCGAGGACGUCAACCAGUUAUUGCAAGUAAGUCCCACCUCUCUGGGGUGACAACGGUACCCAACUUGCUUGUAUGUUUCACUGGUUGUGAUCGGAUCAAGUAAAGUGGACACUAAUUUUCAGUCAGGAGGAAUAACAAGGCAGGUGUCACUUCAUUCGCUGGUUACAAAUUAAGAAAAUGCAUUAAGCUGAAUUAGCUAAGCUCUUAUCGUGCCUUGUAAUCUACGCCCUGGCUGCUGUCUGCGAGCGUGCUCCCCAGUCAUUUAACAAUGCAGACUGUAUUGAUAAAGAGUACAGAAUGGAUGGGAAUUUUCGAGCUUCUUUCUAUAUCACCAGCUAAUCAACCUGAGUCUCGUCUGCAAUAGGAAGGAACCGAGACCUGAAUCCGAGACAGUCGCUACAAGGCCCGCCGACUAA